AUGAAGACAGCAGAACUGUUUGCAGAGGUCGCUGACCCUUAUCUGCGUCAUUGUCUCAAGAUCGUCCAGACAACGCUCACCAACUUUAUCUACAUCGGAUCAGGCGCAAAGAUCGCCUAUCGCUGGCUCAAUGUCCAACCCGACGCUUUCCAUCAGAUUGCUUGCGAAGCAGGAUCGUCGCCCUCGUCAGCAUCAUCCUCGGCCCACUUUGCUCCACCAACCAAACGCUCCGAGGUUCCUUUGCUGCUUCACUGUGACUUCCGUGCGGGCAUGGACAUGUGGGAUCCACUCUUCCUCGCUCAUCUCCUCAAAUCUCGGCCAGUUGUCAUCUUUGAUCCGUGUCACUGCGGACGCUCCGUCUCCAACCGCGACACUCGGCCCUACAUGGGCUCUUUCUACAAAUGGGCAAAACAUGCUGUCGCUGUCGCUAACUCGCUCGGCAUGUCUGAAUACGACAUCCUUGGAUUUGCCAUGGGUGGUGCUGCUGCUCUUCUUGCGGCGCUUUAUCCUACUCCUUCCACCACACGUGUCCGCAAGAUCGUCGCAGCAGCGACCACAGGCCCUGCCAUCUCUGCACGUCUCUACGAAGAAUGCUCUCGAAGCUCCAUGUCCAUUGCAUGGCCUCGCGACGAUUGGAACCUCAUGAAUGCCUCACGGCUCUCCCUAAACGAUGGAACCAAGCCCGAGGAAGUCAAGCAAGCACUCAAACACACCUUCUUCACUGAGUCCGCCUCCGGUCAGCAAGCCCUGGAAGAGCAUUGGGACCGCGUCAACAGAUUCGCCGAGUAUCGCUCCAAAUUGCCUUCAGAAGCUCCUUUCAUCGGUCUGUUGGAAGAUCGUCGAGAGCUUGGCCCACUCCGAUGCCAACGACUCGCCUGGAGAAGCUGGGAGACGCUCCCGCAGCAGCGUGGCGGUACCUACAUUGACCCGAUGGCCAAGAUCAACGUGCCUGUCCUCGUCAUGAACGGCAUCAACAACUCGCUCAUCCCCGCCAGCAGAAGUUGGGAGCUCAUGUGCAGGCUACCCAAACCUUCUCUGAACCUCUACGAGGACUCAGGAGCAGGCUUCAUCUCGCAAUAUCCCGAACGUGUGGCCAAAGAUAUCAACUACUUCCUCGACUAUGACCACUCCAACUUGCAGCCACAGAUCUUGCCCUCUGCUUCCCUUCCUCAGGCUACACCCCCGGUUCCCUCUGCGACGUCGCACCCACCCUUUGCGUUCGGACAGGUACCGCCUCCUGCCCUGGCACAACAUGCCCAACCGCCACCACAGAGUCGCUUUCCCGGCGUGCCUAAUAUCUCGCACUCUUACUUUGCAAGCAACCCCACGGGGCAUCAGCAGAUACAUCAGUCUUACUUGCACCUCCCUCCCAACUUUCACUCACAAGAGAAGGAGCGCGUGCAGAGGCUGUCCAAGCUCUGA